AUGACGGUGUCUUAUACUCUCAAAGUGGCAGAGGCGCACUUCGGAGCCUUCUCUGGCCUGCUCUCCUGCUGGAAGGGCAGCAUCUACAGGCUCCUGUACAAGUACCUGCUCUUCUGUGCCUUGUAUGCUGCACUCAGCAUCACCUACUGGCUGUUGCUGACCCAGGAGCAGAAGCAUAUUUAUGCCCUGGGAUACUGCAACCGCUCAGCAGACCAUCCCUUGUCCUUUGUGCUGGGUUUCUACGUGACUUUGGUAGUGAAUUGUUGGUGGUCUCAGUACACAAGCAUUCUACUGCUGGACCAGGUAAUGUGUGUCAUCUCAGCCAGUGUCAGUGUGGACCACAGUGGCCGUUUGCUACGCCGAACUCUUAUCCGCUAUGCCAACCUGGCAUCGGUUUUGCUGCUACAUUCCGUAAGCACCUGUGUACUCAAGUGCUUCCCUACCAUGGAGCAUGUGGUGGACGCAGGUUUCAUGUCUCAGGAAGAGAGGAAAAAGUUUGAUUUGAAAUCUGACUUUAACAAGUACUGGGUCCCUUGCGUCUGGUUCACUAACCUAGCCGUCCAGGCCCACAGGGAUGGACAAAUCCAUGACAACAUCGCUCUCUGUCUCAUACUAGCAGAGCUGAACAAGUAUCGGGCCAAGUGCAGCAUGCCAUUCCACUAUGACUGCAUCAGCAUCCCCCUCGUCUACACCCAGGUGGUGACAAUAGCUGUCUAUUCCUUCUUCACCUUUUCCCUGACUGGCCUCCAGUUUGUGGAGCCAGAAACAGGGACUGCCAAACUUUAGGAGCCUCUCGAGCCAGGCAAGGAAGCCUCUCCAUCCCUGAUCAGCCUGGAUGUGUUCAUGCCUCUCACUACACUCCUGCAGUUUUUCUUUUACGCUGGUUGGCUCACGGUGGCUGCACAGCUCAUUAACCCCUUUGGUGAGGAUGAUGACAACUUUGAGACCAAUCAGAUAAUACAGGGAAAUUUGCAGGUGUCCCUGUUCUCUGUGGAUAUGUACCAGAACCUGCCUCUCACUGAGCAGGACCUGUACUGGGGUGAGGCCCAACCUCAGCCACCCUAAACUGUGCCCACAGCUGCUGAGUCGCUGUGGCCUUCCUUCAUGGGUCCUACUUUCAACCUGCGCAUGAGUGAUGACCCUGAGCAGUGCCUGCAGGUGGAGGCGUCCCGGAGGUCUGACCUGCCAGCGCCUGCCAUGCAGACCCCACCUCCCGGGUGCAGGCACGCUCUGUGA